GCCCGAUAUUCACAGAAGGAUGCACAGGGCACUCAAUUCGCCGUCGACAUUAGCCUUACCACCCAUGUGUCGAUCGGCCAGCAGCGAUCAACAGCGACGCUGAAGCUCCACGCAACACACGCUGAGCGCAUCACGGCGCACUUGUACGGGCGCCUUUACGAGCAAGCCGUCACCAGCCCCAAGAGGGCUGAGGGCGUGAAGGCUUAUUGCCGCGCGCACCGCGUUACACCCAUCCCAUCUCAUCCACACAAAUGACGCCUUGAGGAAAGCUGCGACUUGCGCUUCCUCUUUCCUCUUUUCCUAGUUGCCAGCCAUGGACGACUUUCCCGAUGAUCCGUUCUCGAAGCCUUCGUCAUCUUCGUCGCCCUACCUGCAUCGACCAAACGGUCUCGCGAAUGGGCCCCAGGGGCAGGGAGGCGUACAUCCGUCCGCGAGCAAUGAAUCGCUGGCAACGUGGGCCAAGACGACGCGCUUCAAUGUGCUGAGCCACUUUUCUCACGUCACCUCGGCGGCGAGAAGCGGCGCUCAUACGCUCCUUACGAGCCCGCUGAUCAACCAAGUCACUGGAGGAGGUGGUGGAGGAGGAGGUGGUGGUGGUGCUGCUCCUCACCAGCCCGGCGCUACCUCCUCGUCCUCGGCCGCAUCACUGGCCAUGUCACUUCUUCAGCACGGCCCCGUGGGUCCAUUGGGACCCUCAGAUCCAGACUGGAAGCAUUCAGACUUAGCGAAGCGAAGUGGGACGGGCGAGUACGACAGCGCGCGCGUCUACCUGGCCAAGUGGGCCAACCUGGUGGCUAGGGAAGGCGAAGCUAACCGUGUCAAGGAGCAACAAGAGCAGCAGCAGGCUGCUGCUGCGGCAAAGGCUAACGAAGAGGCAGCUGCCAAUGGACGUGCCGAAGACGAGGAGGCCACGCCGCUGGGCUCAUUCGAGAUUCUCGAUCAACACCCAUGCAUCGAGCGGCCCGAUCCAUUAAGGCAGGGAGACCGACCGAUCGACGAAAAGAGCUGGAAGGGCCUUUUCGAUCCAAAGGGCGAGCCUCUGGUCGGCUUCGACGAGGUUCGGCGCAUGAUCUACCAGUGGGGCUUUGGACAGAGAGAGGGAAAGGACGUCCGUGGCUCCAGCUGGUCCGAUCAGGGGCCUCGAACAGAAGCAUGGAGCUUCCUGCUCGGUGUCCAGCGGUGGGAUACAAAGGUCGGACGAGAAGAGAGAAGGAAGGAGUGGGAGAGCAAGGUGGAAGAAUACUGGUCUUUGAAACAGCUCUGGACUGCGAGUGCCUCGGGAGAUGCUCCGCAAGAGGGACGACCAGGUGCAGAGCGAGAAGGGAAAACAGAUACGCUACUUGAGCCAUCAUUCCUCAAGGAUCAGACGCAUCGCAUACAUGUCGACUGCCUCCGCGUCGAUCGGAAACUGCCGCUCUUCCGUGAGCGAGCGAGCUCAGACGAAGAUGAGCCAGCCACCAACGUUCACAUCCAACGACUCCAAGAGGUGCUGAUGAGCUACGUCUUCUGGGAUCGAUCACGGGAGCAACAGGCGGCCUCCAGAGCAAAAACGAGUGGCCACGAGGUCGACGAAGGCCACAAUCAGCUUGGUGGCUACGUCCAAGGGAUGAGCGAUCUCGCUGCACCGCUGUAUUCCGUGGCGAGUGGAGACGAGGUAAAGACUUUUUGGCUUUUUGUUGGUCUCAUGGAGAGGAUGCGCACCAACUUUUAUUCUGAUCAGAGCGGCAUGAAGAUGCAGCUUCUCCUCAUGCAAAGACUCAUUGCCGUCAUGGAUCCGGCCUUGUAUGCGCACUUCGAACGCACCGACUCGCUCAAUCUCUUCUUUUGCUUUCGGUGGCUUCUCGUCUGCUUCAAGCGCGAGUUCGGCUACCCGGACAUACUCAAGCUUUGGGAGGCUAUCUGGGCCGCUGACAUGCCUGGUCACUUCGCUGGUGGCGACGAAGAGCUUGUCGAGGGCGAGGAGGGCUCGAGCGGCAUCACGCUAAGAGAAGAUGCCUCUGUUGUAGACGUCAAAAAGAGGCAUUCGCGGCCUCUCCCACCACCACCGUUUGGCCUCUCGCCGCACUUUCAUCUCUUUGUCGCAUUGGCCAUUCUCGAGCAGCACCGCGACGUGACACUCAAGUACCUCGUCAACUUCGACGAGCUGCUGCACUACAUGAAUGGCCUCUCGCAUGAGAUAGACGUCGAGGCUACUCUUGCCCGCGCCGACGUCCUCGCCCAGUCGCUCAAGGCCAUCAUUGUGCAAAAAGAUGCAGCGGCAAAGAGGAGCGAGGCCGACGAAGACGUGCCCGCCGACGUGGCGCUGCCCGAAGUAGACGAUCGCCUGAGGCUUCUCGUCGGUCUUUGAAUUGCCCCUAUUCCGCUCUGUGUUGCUUGUACUUUUACGCUGUCCAUGAUAUGCAGUCGGGCUUUACGCUCCCGAACUCUCGCA